CUCUGCAAUUAGCUUAACUAUAUAGUUCCUAAGUAUUGUAGAUAACUUUACCUACUAGAUCCAAUGAGGAGGUUGAACGCUAAAGCCUUAUGACGGCACCUGCCGUCGAGGUGUGCGUUUGCUUUGCUCACGCGUGCCCGACUGGCUCUGGCAUUUAUCUCCUGCAUCACGAGAGCUCUUCCAGCUUCUCUUCCUUUUUUCGCCAUCUUGUAAUUUUUCACAAUAGAGAGUUUUCCCGCAGCCUUGCCUCGGCCAAUGGCCCUCUGCUCGUGACAAGCCAUGUCGUUUUUAAUCUCAGACAGGUUCUAACAAUACCUAGCUCAGUUGGCAAAUUUCCUGUUGCUUCUAUUAUGACAUCCUCCUACCUGAAAAUGGCGAUCCUCAAAAUUGGAAAGAGUUUCACUAAGGUGUGGUGAUUUUACUAACCUUUGGAUUCUCAGGGUUAUGUGUGGAUUUGAAGUUGCUCACUCGCUUAUCAUAUGCAUUAUCCAGCGCAUGGCAGCGGGCUUUCGACUCGGCACCAAAUCUAGAGGCUAAGAGGUAAUUGUGUUGUACAGUGUGAAUGAAGCCCGGCAAAAUUCUCAGCGCUGCUUGAUCUGGAAAUGACUAUCUAGCAUGGUGACGGUGACCCUAGAGAAUA